AUGUCUAACACUCAAACGCCAUUAACACCUGAACAACUUCGCAGAAUUGAAGUACGUCGGAUGAAAGCUAAGGUACUCCGGGAACAAGAAGAUGCCGCAGUGCGAUCUGGUUCGUUGCCUAGCAGCUUGGCCACACCUGGACAGAAACGGCCAUCUUCGGCGAUAUCUCCUUCAAAACCUCGUUCGAGCUCCCGCGAUACAAGAUGUAAUAAAUCAGAUGGACGAUCACUCGAUGAGAUUCGUCCAGCUCGUAACUUUGCUAAGUACGUGGAAUUCGACUUGAGUAAAAUGACGGACACCAAAGGUGGAUUCUUAACGGCAGAGGAUGAUCCCCAUAACAAGGUUUUAUAUUCCGGCGAGAGGGAUGAGAAGCCUACUCAAAUGACAUUCAAAGAAUGGGAGCGAUAUCAACUAUUACGGUCACUACAGCGAGACAAGGCAGGACCCUUCGAACCAGGGCUAAGUGUGCUCAAUACGACAAAGCAGAAAUCAUGUCGAGAGUGCGGCAGCAUAGAGAUCGACUGGAAAUGGGAAGAGACAUUACGCUGCGCCGUUUGCAAUCCCUGCAAGGAGAAGUUCCCUGAGAAAUAUAGUCUACUCACAAAGACGGAAGCUAAAGAAGAUUAUCUAUUGACAGACCCUGAACUAAAAGAUGAAGAACUUCUACCUCAUCUAGAGAGGCCAAACCCCCAUAAAGCAACAUGGAAUAACAUGAUGCUGUACUUGCGAUUCCAAGUCGAGCAGUAUGCGUUCUCCCCGAAGAAGUGGGGAUCACCUGAGGCUUUGGACGCUGAGUUUGAGAAGCGAGGGGCUGCGAAAAAGCGGCAGAGAGAAGCUAAGUUCAAAUCGAAACUGCACGAUCUGAAGAAACGAACUAGAGUUGAAGCGUACCGACGAAGCCGGCAGGCUGCGGCAGAAGCAGGGUCAAGAGAGCAUUUUGGGGACGACCUUGGCAGCGGCAAACAUGUACAUCAAUGGAGAAGGCUUGUUGAUAACCCGGAGACGGGUAUAGGGGUAAAGGCGUACCCGACAUACGGAUCAGCGACUCUCUCUGAUUUCGGCUGGGCACACUUUGCCACUAGGGCAAAAGAGCUCAAUCACCACCAGCGCCAUGGUGGUAUAGAGGCUGGGGGAACCUGGCUCUUCCUAAGUUCCACUACCCUACUGCCAUUGGUCCUUGGUGGCCUGGGGUCUUCCUGGGUGCCUAACCACCAAUCUCCCCCAUCUUGGCAAGAGAAUGUGCAUUAUUUCCUCCAAAAUGGGUGCUCUGGCCGCUAUUCCCUUUUUGACAUUAACGUGACCGCCAAGGCUAAACGGAAGGCCGGACUAUCGUAUCUCCGUAUAUUGAAUCGGUUUAGAAGCUUUGAGUUUCAGCGUGGCUUCAAAACCACGACAGACGACGGACGACGCAGUGCGGACUAUACACAACGUAUUACUAUCUCUAACGCCUUCAUUGCCUGA